AUGGCGGCGGGCGGGGGGCCGGAGGCGUGCGGCGGCGGCGGGCGCGGGGACGGGCCGCCCCCGAAGCGGCCCUGCUUGGGCGCCGGCAGCAGGGCCGCCGGACGCAGGCUCGUGGUGGUGUUGGAGGGGGCCAGUCUGGAGACCGUCAAGGUGGGGAAGACGUUCGAGCUGCUCAACUGCGACAAGCACAAGUCGGUGCUGCUGAAGGCCGGGCGGGACCCGGGCGACGUGAGGCCCGACAUCACCCACCAGAGCCUGCUGAUGCUGAUGGACAGCCCCCUCAACCGGGCGGGCCUGCUCCAGGUCUACAUCCACACCCGGAAGAACGUCCUGAUCGAAGUGAACCCCCAGACGCGCAUCCCCCGCACCUUCGACCGCUUCUGCGGCCUCAUGGUUCAGCUCCUGCACAAACUCAGCGUCCGCGCGGCUGACGGCCCCCAGAAGCUGCUGAAGGUGAUCAAGAACCCCGUGUCGGACCAUUUCCCCCCGGGCUGCGUCAAGGUGGGCACCAGCUUCUCCGUCCCCACGGUCAGCGACGCCCGGCGCCUGGCGCCCGCCGCCGACCCCAUCGUCUUCGUCGUGGGGGCCUUUGCCCACGGAGCGCUGGACGUGGAUUACACGGAGAAGACCGUCUCCCUCAGCAACUACCCCCUGUCGGCGGCCCUGACUUGUGCCAAGCUAACCACGGCCUUCGAGGAGGCCUGGGGCGUCGUCUGACCGCGGGCCCCCCGGGCCCAGCCGACCGCGGCCUUCGGGGGGGGGCCCGGGACCGCCGGGCGCCGCCGGCUUCCUCCGUGGGACUCCGGGGCUGGGGGGCCCCGCACGGGACGGGCCCCACCUCCGCUGCUCAUUAAACCUCGCUCUGACCCGA